CGCACAUUCUUGAAAACAACUCUAUUCACCCCUCCCCUCUAGAGUUGUACAUUUGUCUAACAAUUGGUAUCGGAGCAGGAAGUUCUUCGAAUACGUUAUUUUUUCAGGAACUAAAAGAUCAAAUGGCAUCAAGAAUGUUCAACGCGGGAGUUAACGAGGGACAAUCAACCACGAGGCCACCGUUGUUCGAUGGAACCAACUACUCGUAUUGGAAGGAGAGGAUGAGAAUCUUUAUCCAAUCCAACGACUACAAGCUGUGGUUGAUUGUGAAGAACGGCUGCGGAGUCCCGAUGAAGAAAGUCGGUGAAGUCAAUGUUCCCAAAACCGAAGAGGAGUUCACCGACGAAGAUUGCAAAAAGAUGGAGCUCAACGCAAAGGCAAUAAACAUGAUUUAUUGCGGUGUUAACGCGGAUGACUACCGCAAAAUCUCGCGGUGUGAAACCGCAAAACAAAUGUGGGAAAAAUUGGAGGUCACCUACGAAGGAACCGCGCAGGUUCGGGAGGCCAAAAUUGACCAUCUCACUCACGAGUAUGAACUCUUUUCAAUGAAGGAAAAUGGGAAGAUUGAGGAAAUGUUUGAGAGAUUCUCUAACAUCAUCAAUCCCCUCAAUCUUCUCGGGAAGACAUACACGGACCGAGAGCUCGUGAGAAAGGUGCUGCGAAGCCUAUCCCCUAAAUGGCGUUCAAAGGUGGACGCAAUCGAAGAAGGUUGUGACUUCCAAACAACGACCUAUGAUGCUCUUCGAGUUUUCAUUCAUAAUAAUGGAAAAGAUAACUUGGGAAAAUUUGAUGCUAAGUCGGAUGAAGGAAUUUUCUUAGGUUAUUCUCUUCGUAGUAAGGCAUAUAGAGUGUUCAACAAGCGUACUAAGACCGUAGAGGAGUCUAUUCAUGUUGUCUUUGAUGAAUUUGAUGCUCGCUUGGCGAGAAAAGGUAUUGUUGAUAAUGUUGCAGGUUCUUAUGAUGAUGAAGAAGAAAUCGUUAAGGAAAAGGAACCGGAAAAAGAGAAAACGCAAGAACAAACGGAGCUUCCUAAGGAAUGGAGAACAUUGAAGAACCACCCGAUUGACAAUGUCAUUGGUGACAUAACGCAGGGAGUUUCUACUCCCAAGUUUUCCCGGAUCGUGUAUCGAGAGGAGGGCGAUGCUGCACCAAAUCUAGACCUGAUAGUCGCAGAAGAAGAAGAAGAGAGCCAAAACGAGAAUCAAGCUGAGUCAUCUCAAGCCGGAGGAAGUCGAGCCACGGAGCGCGUCACUCGUCAACGGAGGACUCGUCCAAGAGAAGAAGCACCGGAACCUUCUUGGGCGAAGAGGAUCUUCGAUACUCUCACGUGCAUCCGAGAUGACGUCGCUGCCUCUAAACACUUUCCCAUUCAGCUAACCAAGGAAAAUUUUCUGCUUUGGCAACAACAAGUCCAAUAUGCCCUGAUAGGUCUAGAUCUACUUGGGUAUAUUGAUGGAACCCUCUUAGCUCCUUCUCAAUUCUCGGAUGCUGAGCACAAACAAAUUAAUCCUGCCUACACUCUUUGGUACCAUCAGGACGCUAUUCUUCGUAGCGCCAUCCUUGGCAAUUGUUCGGCAGAGGUUCAGCUGCUGAUUGCACUGGCUACUGCAGCGGGUGAUGCAUGGUCCCGUCUGACCACUAAUCUGGCUAAUAUGUCGAAGGGAUUCAUUAUUUCUAUCAAAGCCAAAUUGGCAAAGAACCCACGUGGUACACGCUCGAUUGAUGCAUUCUUUGCAGAUAUGACCAAAAUUGCUGCAGAUCUUGCUUUGGCCGGUAGCCCUGUUUCCGAUGAUGAUCUCGUGGUGCACAUCAUGACUCAACUCGGGGAUGAUUAUGCAUCCCUCUAUCAAUCACUACGUGGCUGAGGAGUUUGUGCUUCCUUGGAUGAACUAUUGACAAUUUUGCAGGACUGUGAACACGAGCUCCGAGAUCAGGUGGCUACGACGGAUGGGUUGAUAGCCACUGCCAACAACACUCAACGCCAAUCUCGUGGUGGUUUUUCUCACCGUGGCGGUGGCUCUUUUCACGG